ACAAUCAGUGUUGAUAGACAUUCUCGUCAAUACUAGACGACUGCCAUACACUCAAGUAUAGAGUAACAGACAUGUCACACCCCAACCGCAAGCAUUCUGUUGCCUCUUCCAAUAGUAGCGCCGCGAAACGACCGAUCGACCCCAUCACGCGAACUGCACUUCGAUACUCGCUCAGCUCCCGUGAGUAUGAGCUCCUUCACCAGUAUAUCAUAUCGCGAGCCCCGACGCCGGUACAAAAGCGCACUCCCGAUCCCAAGCGAUACGAGAAGAUCACGGAGAGCAGCACAGAGAACGGCGACUACAACAUCGCAGCGUUACGGGCAGCACUUCGCGUGUUCGUUGCGGCUUACGUUGGGCUGAAGGGGUGGGAGACGCUUACGGAGAAGCUGGCAAGUCGAGCACAACGGCCACCAAAGGCAGCGACAUCGAAGCCUCGCUAUGCCAAUGCGAGGAUCGCGUUAUCUUUCUCCACGAUACUGCUCUUCCACCGGCUGCUGAACCGCUUCUUCCGCCAUCUACGGAGUGCGCUGCUCGAAGAGAACGCAGCUUCUUUUCGCAAGCGCAAUCCGAGAGUGACAAAGCUACUCACUUCAGUGUACACACCCUCCGUAGGUGCUUCCCUAGCCGGCCUACUCCUUGGCAUAUCACCCGCCGACCAGCUCCGGAUGACGAUAGCUAUCUACGUCUUUACUCGGUCUCUGGAGUCCAGCUACAACGCACUUGACGAGGGAGGCUUCAUCUGGAGCAAAGACGAGACCGGCAAGCCGCGCAAGCCGUGGUGGUUCGGCAGCUGGCUACUUAUGCCUUUUGCCUGCGGUCAGCUGCUGCACGCUUUCGUCUUCGACCGAGAAUGCUUUCCGGAAAGCUACGGGCGCUUCAUUCUCGCGCGAUCGCCGGAGUACGUUCAGCUGCGACCCAAAGGCCAUGUAGCGGAAGGCAAGCCAUGGCCAACGACUUUCGACAUAGUCGAUGCGUUGGCCGAGCUCAGCAAUCUCCGCUGGCCGCCUUUCGUCUCGCCAAUCCUCUUCCCACAAGCGAAGUCACCGCUGCCAUCAGGAAUGGCACUGUCAAAGGUCAGGCCCAUUACAGCACCCGCACACCCCGGCACUCUUCACACGUCUUGCGCUCUCCUUCACCCUCAAGAUCCUAGUUGCGGACGCGUCUACCUGAAGUACUGGAUUGCUGCCUUCCCUACGAUGACGAAGUACUUCACUCUCAUCUACGGCGCUUUCGCCUUACUAGCGUACAAGAAGCUACUAAACAGCCCCAUUCCAUUCGUGAACCGGCUUGCGGCGCGCAUCCUCCGGAUUAGUUUGUUCAUCACCGGCGCAAUCGGGACAAGCUGGGCUAGUAUCUGCCUCUUCUCAAACAUCUUCCCACGUACUCUUCUACCAACUCAACGGUGGUUCCUGGGUGGCUUUCUAGGCGGGCUAUGGGCUUUCAUUGCACGAAGGGACGAAGGAAGUACUUUCACCUACAGUGCAAGACUGUCGAUCGACAGUCUGUACAAAGUCGGGAAGAAGCGCGGCUGGUGGCGAGGUGUUAAGAAUGGCGAUGUCUUGCUCUUCGCGGCGGGCUUGGCACUGCUAAACGUGGUCUAUGAGAAGCGCCCCGGUGCGAUUGAUAGCGCAGUAGGGAGGAAGGGUAUUAGUGCAUUGAGGGGAGAAGGGUGGGUUGAUGUGCUUGAGAAGAAGGGGAAGGAUCAGGCAAGCGAACGGUUUACGCAAGAUGGAGAUGUGGAUGCGGCGAAGGAUGCAUGAGUGAUCUGCUUGAACAUUGGGAGCCUGUUUCCACGCGCCUAACGUUCAGCACAGCUUUGGGAGACCGCAGCGGUGUCUGACACAGUACCGCCAUCCCUCUUCUGAGAUUUGAGCGCGCUGCGCGAGAGACUGAGUCGCGAACGCGUUCACGCUACUAUUAUUGACGUCUUUCCGGCUCUUUGCGUCCCGACUUUGAAGCAUAGAUACAACAGCAAUGCUGCAGGCUUAAUAACGAGCCGUCGGCCGAGCAUGUGC